AUGAAUUACGUGUUUUGGCCGAAGCACUUGAGCACCAGUAGACAUGGCAUAGGUACUGUAGUAGCUAUACGUAAAGCUGGAUCAGAUUGGGUGGUACUAGCGGUGCUCGAAGAAAAGGAAUACAACCACGUAAGCUCUCAAGAUGGCUAUGUUAAAAUCGGGACGUGGGAUCCAACGGCUGGUUUCCAAACGGCGUUGAAUGAUGCGCAGCUUUGUUUCAUGGAGUUUGUGCCCCCCAAGCUAAAAUUGAUGCAGUUUUAUAGUUUGGAGCCCAUACCGUUGAUCCUCCCAGAGAGAGACUACCUUAUGGAUUCACCCGUGAGCAAGCAGAAAAAGCUUGGACUUGAACAGAGGCAGGCAUCUGAAUUCCGCUUAAGGAAGUCAAUCAGCGUCCUCAACCUGUACCACGAGCAUUUACUGCUGCUAGAAGCACGCAUCUCGCGUUCAAAAAGCAAACCGAGACGAACUUUUUUCACAUCGCUUUAUCAGCGCGUUCGAAAAUCCAAUCUCUGGGCGCUUUUAUGUCACUGGGCGGUUUAUUUGGCCAUUUGCGUUCAUUUUUUGGCUAUCACUAUCACCACUUUACUAAACGGUACACCCUUGAAUCUGGUUAGUCAGUCAGCCACGGCUCAACAGAUUGACUUACGAUGUCAGCAGCUUUGCUACUUCCCUGUACAGUACUUGAGAAUUAACGAGAUUCCCGCGUCCAAUAAGACACAUCCACGCUCUGAAUGCCAAGAGACGCAGAAAGAGAAUGACAAUCACAUUAGUCCCCGAACAUCGUUCCCUUGUGAAAAUUAUCCAGAUUACAUUCGGUUUUAUAACACGAUUUGGCUGAUCGUAAACGAUGUGUCCUUCGGACUGACUGUGGGGACAUUGUUGGCCGAAAAUAGUCACAACAUCUCGGAAUAUUUGAACGUAUUCUUUACUAGAUACCUUUUCGAAAAAGUUCAUCAGGUAUCUACUCUUUUGGGUCAGAAUCCGAUUGGAAUUAAGUUGAAUGGAGAAUUAGCUUGUUUUUUAAGCGAUCUCUUCUUGUGGAUCAUCGAUUUUUCGUAUUCCACAUACAUUCGAGGCAUCAUUAGUACCAGCAGCAUAGGAUUUUUUCUCAAAGUCAUUUCAACGACAUCGUGUUGCUUCGGGCUGACUUUCGCAUUAUCACUCAUUGUCGACUUGAUGUCUCUCCUAACCAUGCACAUUUCCCUAUUUUAUUUCAUAAGCGCUAAGAUGUACCACUGGCAAUUACACGUCAUGAGAACUUUGUUGUACCUUUUUUAUGGUAAAAAACGUAACGUACUGAGAAACAGAGUGGAUAGUAACCACUUUGAGCUUGAUCAAUUGUUAAUGGGAACCCUCUUUUUUACAAUUUUGAUAUUCUUAUUACCAACGCUGUCACUGUUUUAUGCAUCCUUCACUGUAUUUCGGAUGGCAGUCCUCAUGCCAGAAGUGGCAUUGGAGUCAAUAAUGGCAUUAUUAAACCACUUCCCAUUGUUUGUAUUACUACUAAAACUGAAGGAUCCCAAACGUAUCCCCGGUGGUAUAACGGUGAAACCGAUCAAAGAUUCCGCUAAUAGCUUUAAUCUCCAAAACAACCCCCUAAUGUUCAAAACGAUAUUUCGUCCAUAUGCGGUGCUUAUGCGCAUGAUGGUGGAUAACUAUUUUUCAUUAUCCACUCUCAAUCAAGUUUUGGUAGGUCGUCCACUAACUAUAAAGCGAAACAAGAUGUAUAAAGUAUUGUACUCGGCACUACCAAAGACACCGAUAACAACUCGUGCAGUCUGGACCGCCCUAAGUGGUGCCUUGGGAUGA